GUCCGACAAAUCGAACAAGAAACGGAAGUGAAGCAUGAGAAGAAAAAAAAAGAGAUGUUUUGUGUAUGAAGUUGGUUAAGCUAACAUUGACUUAUAUUGUCAUUGCAAGAAGAAGUUAAAGCGGACGAAUUGCUGAAGGAAGAACUUCCUUCUGUUCGAUAUUGUCCAACAUUAGAUAGUCCUCCUGGACUAACCCGUCUCUUUCUCUGAGAGCAGGAACGAAUUGUCAGCCAGGAUGGAUCCAGCUCUACUGAGGGAGAGGGAGCUGUUCAAGAAAAGAGCUCUGUCCACCCCAGCUGUAGAGAAGAGACAUACUGACUCACACAAGAGGAAGAAGCCCAAAGUUGACAAAGAGGGCUCCUCUGGGUCCAAACACAGCACUGAGUCCAGUAAUGGCAACAUUAACAUCAAGACGAGCUCCGGGUACAAGUUUGGCUGCCUAGCCAAGAUAGUCAAUUACAUGAAGACAAGACAUCAGAAUGGGGACACACACUGCCUGACCCUGGAAGAGAUUCUGGAUGAGACAAAACUUCUGGACAUCAGCAUGAAACAGAAACAGUGGCUCAUGACUGAGGCCUUGGUCAACAACCCGAAAAUUGACGUCAGGGAUGGCACGUACGGCUUCAAGCCCAAGUACAACCUUAAAGACAAGAAAGCCUUACUGAGGCUGCUGGACAAACACGACCAGCUGGGUCUGGGAGGAGUGCUGCUGGAUGACGUGGAGGAGGGACUGCCCAACUCAGCCAAGGCCAUCAAGAUUUUGGGGGAUCAGAUCAUCUUUGUGACAAAACCAGAUAAAAAGAAGAUCCUGUUCUACAAUGACAAACACUGUCAGUUUGUGGUGGACGAAGAAUUCCAGAAGUUGUGGAGGAGUGUUCCAGUUGACUCCAUGGAUGAAGAGAAGAUUGAUGAGUACCUGAAGAAACAAGGCAUCUCCUCCAUGCAAGAAACAGGACCAAAGAAAGUGUUACCAGUUCAAACGAGGAAGAAGCAAGGUGGGAGGAAGAGACACUUCAAGACCCACAACAACCAUCUGGCAGGUGUUCUGGAGGACUACUCAGAAGGUGUUCCUGUUAAGAAGUGAGAUCAUGUCCCCUCGCUGCUUCCAGUCCUCAGAGGAGUGAUGUAGAACCUGUAAAUUCAAAAUGGCUGGAGACGAAGACCCUGGUCACACUACAAUACAAAGACUUUUUCAUGGCUGUGUCAUCAAAACGGGCUUCUUUUCCACUCCUCUGUGGUCUUGUACUCCAAGGAGUGAAUAGAAACUGUUGUGGAAUCCUUGUUCUUUUUUUUUUUUAAUCAGUGAUAACUGGAGGACACUGGAGGAAAAGAGUACGACCAUUUAAGGACACGGGAUGCCCUUACAAAACCACCAUCCUUAAGGGGGGGGAAGAGAUUUCACUGCAACCUUACUGUUGAGAUGUAAAGGAGGUUGAAUACUAUUUUCUUCAUUUUAUUUAGUAUAUUGCAAUGAGGUGUGUGAGGAAGCUUUUAUUUUAAAAAGGGCAGCAGUCUUCUUCAGAGGGCAACCUUCCAUCCUUUUUUUUAUAGGAACAGCGGGACAGGCUUGUGUUGUGCAGUGCGUCACAUUGAGGUCUCAAUCAUGAAACAUCUUGGACAUUACUUCUUGUGGCUUUCCAAAGCAUUUACAUUCUUUCACUUUGCAGCAUUGUGGUUUAAAAUACUUUUUUGAACUUAUUUUAAUAAAUACACUGUUACUGGA